UUUUUUUCACCGUAAACAAAUUUUCGGAGUUCCUCGGACUGAAAUGGCAGACGGAAAGAAGGUUUAUUUAGAUUACAAUGCCACAACACCACUUGAACUAGAAGUUGUUGGAGCUAUUACAAGUAGUCUGACUAAAGCAUGGGGGAAUCCCAGUAGUUCUCAUGAUGCUGGUGUAAAAGCCAAGAAAGUGAUAGAUGAAGCAAGAUGCAAUGUAGCCAACAUGAUAGGGGCUAAAUCAUCAGAUAUCAUUUUUACAUCUGGUGGAACAGAGGGAAAUAACAUGAUAAUACAGACAGCAGUGAAAUACGCCUAUCAUGACAUGUCCAAUGGCUAUGCAGGGGGAGAUAAUCAUGACAAACUUCCACAUUUUAUCACAUCAAAUCUAGAACAUGACUCGGUAAAACUGGUAUUAGAACAUCUUGCAGAGGAAGGAACAGCAAGUGUUACAUUUGUACCUGCCUCCAGUAAGACAGGACAGGUAGAUGUAGAUGAUGUGUUGUCUGCAAUCAGACCUUCGACAUGUAUGAUUACUGUUAUGAUGGCUAAUAAUGAAACAGGUGUUAUACAGCCAAUCAAAAUGAUAUCAGAAAAAUUAAGACAAAUCAAUCAAUCAAGGAGAAUUUUACCUAAGAUAUUACUUCACACUGAUGCAGCCCAGGCCAUCGGGAAAAUAGAAGUUGAUGUUGAAGAUUUAGGUGUUGAUUAUUUAACUGUUGUUGGACAUAAGUUUUAUGGUCCAAGGAUAGGAGCCAUAUAUGUUAGAAACCUUGGUAAUAAAGAUGUUCCAUUAUACCCAAUGUUAUAUGGAGGUGGACAAGAGAGAAAUUAUAGACCUGGAACAGAAAACACAGUAAUGAUAGCUGGUUUAGGAAAGGCAGCUGAGCUUGUAGUAAAGAAUAUCAUUUGUUACAAGAAUCAUUUAUCUUCAGUCAGGGAUUAUCUGGAGAUCAAGUUACAGGAAGCCUUCAAAGAUAGGAUCCAUUUGAAUGGUAAAUUUCCCUCCAGUGAAAGACUACCAAAUACUUGUAAUGUAUCCAUUCUGAGUGACAAAUUACAGGGUCAUAAAGUUUUAUCUAACUGUAGAAUUCUACAAGCCAGUAUUGGUGCUGCUUGCCAUUCACAAAAUAGACCAUCACCUAUUCUGUUAGCAAUAGGAGUUCCUGAAUCAGUUGCUAGAAAUGCAUUGAGGUUGUCAGUUGGCAGAGAAACUACUAAAGAUGAUAUUGAUUGUGUGAUACAGGACUUAAUACAAGCUGUAAAUCAACUAGAAAAUCAUACAAAAGAGACAUGAUUCUAUAUUUUUAAAAGUGGAUGUGAUUUAAUAUUUUAGCUUGUUCAAGUAAACCUGUUUAAGCUCUUAAUUCAAAGAUCUCAAUGCAAAUUGCUCUAUGUAGAAAAAAAUCAGUGUCGUAGUUAAAACAACUUUAUAAUUAGAUAUUUUGUCAAUUAGCAAUUAUUAUUAGUUUUGGAAGGUAAGCAAUUAUUUAUUGCCCUGGCAUAUAUUUCUAAAAAGACAUGCAUAUCCGUUAUUGGUGAAUAUUUUGAGUGUUGCUCAGAUUGACACUAUAAUGAUUGUCCUUAUCUUGCUGUAGGAAUAGGACUCUUUAGUUCAUUGUCAAAAAAGAGAGAAGGAAGAUACCAAAGGAAUGGUCAAACUUAUAAGUCUAAAAUGACCUGACACCAUGGCAAAAUCUUACAACCUUUAAGAUUGAAAAAAAGCAUUAAAAGCACUGUUAAUUUGAUAAAUCGGUAUAAAUGGUUAUUUUACAGCAUAUCAAAAGACUGUUAGCUUGCCAAGCCUUUAUCCUUUCCUGUUUUGCUAAUGAUAAUUCUAAAGCUUUCUGCCAAAUUUUGAAAAUGUUUUUGUGGUGAUUAAUCAUGUGCUGUGCAGAUAUUUAAACCUCUAAGUUGCCAUAAGAAUAUUGAUUUGGAAGAAAAAUUUUAUUUAUAGAUCUCUAUGUUAAUUUUGUGAAUGUCAGUAUUAAUGUAUAAGUCUAUUGUAAUAAAUCUUAUCAAAAUCAA